AUGGAAUUCUUCACUCAUGAUUCAGAGUUAAAACGAGAAACUGAAGUAGUUGAAGGAAUGGGAUUCUUACAUGAAUUAAUUACUUUCAAACUAGAAUCCGCAUAUAAAUCCUUGAGAGCUCAUCAAAAUUUACAGGCUGAAAGAAACACUAGCGGGGCUGGUUCAGAAAGCUCAGAAUCUGACUCAGAAUCUGAUGAUGAGCCCGCAGGAUCAGAUCAAAAUUAUGUUUACCAUAAGUCAAAGGACAGGUUUAAGAAUGCAAAGGAGAGAUGGAAAAGAAUUGCUCUGACAACCAUUCAGAUGAUUUCCUAUGGCUGUCAACGUUGA